CAUGUUUCGUUCUUCGAGCAGGACGAGCAAUCUGUAGCUGUUCUUGCUACCUGGUUCGUUUCUAGGUUAGCGGCCUAUAGCACCAGUAGUAGAAGUCUUCCUCCACGACAAGUCAAGUACCGGAUGGAAGCGUCUAUCGGUGUUGGAAGGUUCGAAAUAAAGUAAAUUCCAAGUUUGUUAUGAAAGGAACAUACAGAAGUUAAAGUAGUACUGACACACGACGGCGACAAAAGUAACUGGACUUGCCAUCGCUCCAAAACAGUUGUAUCGUCGAUUUAUUUUUUGACCCCAGAAUGAAUUUUCAAAUCCGUUUGUCGUAUGAUUCUUUUCAACUACUCUGAGUCUACAAGAAGGAUUAGAUGUCUAUAGUACAGCGCAUGAAUGAUUAUGAACCCUCAUCCGCAGUUCAAUCAAGCUCAGCAGCCUGGUUUUCAGUCUCAAGCUUUGAUUGUGCCGACGACCGCCCAGCAGCAGCAGCAGCCCCCGCCCCCGGUGCAGCAGCAGGUGGUGAAAGCAAAGGAGACCAAGGAGCCUGAGGUGAGUUUCUUUGCUCGAAAAUGGAAGAUUCAAUACGGACCAGACACGCUGGAGGCGCUCGCGAUCUUUCGUGAGGACCCCCGCGUGCUCCCCUGGGUGGAGCGGAAAAAAGAUGUAAUCGCGACGACGGUCCAGCCGCAGCGGGAAGUGGUCGAGGACAACGGGGGACUAUGUGCGCAGGAACGACUUUCCGAGUGGCUGCACCACAUGCAGCUGAAGACGCUGACCUUCACGAAGGCAAGUUCGCGGGCGGAAAAACGGCGCGCGGCCGAGCACUUCGACCCGGUCAACGUCCUGGCCGGAAUCGGCAUCGAAGUGUCGCUGCAGAGAAUUUUCCAGUUCACCACCCAGCGCAUGGAGAUCUGCAAGACGCUGAUUCAACUGCUCUCCUGCAUCGACGAGGAGUUUUGCCCGAAUCUGAAGGUGGAAGCCUACAGUAUCGGGCUCGUCCGGUUGAUGGAAAACAUUCUCUACGUCCUCGUCGCGAGCUGCAUCCCCUCCUACCGCGUGUCGCUGCAGCGCGUCCUGCGCCACAUGGUGAUCGCCCGGGUCGCGCCCCACAUCGCGCGCAACCGACUCGAAGUGGCGGAGUUCUUUCUCAAGCGCGGUAUGCAGAAGUUGUUGCGGGAGCGGAUCAGCGUGACGGGGGAACCACAGGGACCGGUAGCUGGGACGAGUAAAGCGUCAAUCGGAAUAAACGAGGGCUCGGACGGAGAUGUGGCCGCAAGGAACAAACUGAUGAAUCAGGCCGCCGGGAAUAAAAAUGCAUCGUCUACUACUUCUCGGUACGACGAGAAGAAAUUUCUCGUGCAGUGGCGUCUGGAAGACAGGGAAGAGGAUGUCGACAUGUUCACUAUCACCGACGUGGUGCGCAAGUUCCGGAAGAAGAAGCCGGUUGCACCUCCCGCUCCACCUGAAGUUGUUCCUGUAGACCUUCUGUCCUCGUCUCCAGACAAGUCGCGGGAACUACCACCACAGAAAGAACAGGAGCCACAGCAGGCUCCACACCCGAACAGCGCGCUCGGCGCGGGCAAUUCCGCGAUCAAUGAGCAGGCCACCUUUGCACUGCGCUCCUUGAUGGGUAUCGCCUCGAAGGAAACUACCGUUCCACACGUUCAGCAAAACGAAGGCACAACGACCAAGGAGAAUCGAAGCGAGAGCGCCGGCGUUGACAGCGAGAGCAAAGUCGCGGCGGACACCGCCUCCCAGGCCGCAACCAGCGUGGCCGGUGGGGACCUCCAGGAUCAUCUCCAUGGCACGCCCACGCUGGGGCCGAUCGGGACUUCUACAUCAACUGGCGCGGCGGCAGGACCCGCAGAUGGGGAUCCUCAUGCGAGUCGCCAAAACAAACUCGGUGCGAAGUUCCGCGAGGUGCCGCGGGGUCGCGCGCGGGCCGAGUGGUGGGGCCGGUGGCGCUGGAAGAUGAAGGAAACGAUGGAGAAGGUGAAGCAGGGCAAGUGGGCCCCCAUGCCCGCGGUGGAGAAGGAAAAGAGGAAUCUGCGCAAGGUAAGUGUGGACUACAACGCGUUUCACGAAACUUCGAACCUGGACGCGAUGGGCAAAGCUGGUGCCGCCGGCGGUGCGAAUGCGGAUACCAUCAACGCGGAAAAGGAGCGGAUGGCGGCCCGGCUGAAGGAGGAGGAGGAGCAACGGAAAAAGAUGGAGGAAGUACCGGAGGACGCGGAUCAGUUUCUCGAGGAGCUGAGCGAGGAGUGCGCCAUGGACCCGGUACGGGAGGCCGUCAUGAAGGACUUCUUCCGGCAAAAACUCGAGCCGAGUAUCAAAUCCAUCUGGGGCGAACACGGCGCCUGGAUCCGCCUUUUCGGGUCUUGCGUCAACGGAUUCAUGACCAAGAGCAGUGAUUUGGACUGCGGUAUACUAAGUUUUUUUUCUACAGGUUCAUUUGAUUCUUUUCGAAGCUUGACCUUCUAGCGGAGCAGCAGGAAUUAUUCUUGCUGCUCCUGCUCUCGACGGUCUUGCGCGGCUGAGCACUUUGAUGAGAUGCACCUACGUGCACGAAGAUCCGACCUUUUUCAACUGCUAUGUAUCUUUCUCAAUACGACAGGAAUCCGUUUUUCUCCGGAUGUAGAGGCGGCGCUCGACCGCGAGGCUUUCUGGUGCGACUGGCGUCGCGAGUUCCAGCAGGAGAUCCGCCGACUCGGCACCGGCACCUCGCCACGUGGCAGUUCCACUAACGAGCCGGAGCGCCGCAGCGGUGGCAUGCUCGGCAAGGACGGUCUGUUCGACUUCAUGAGCGUGACGCGUGGCAUCCUGGUGGGCCUGCGCAAACUUGCGCCAGUGCUCGAGAAGCAGGGCUUCUACGUGGAACGCGUCGAGAACGCGCGGAUUCCGCUUUUGCGAUGCGAAGCACGGAUUCAGGUCGAGGAACAGGAACAGAUUGUACUUAAAGCAGGCGGCCACGAAGAUCAGACGGAACAAGAGGCACAACAGUCGCCGAAGAAAAUCGUAGACACCAUGAUCGUCACCUUCGAUAUCAGCUGCGGACACCAGGUGGUUUUCGAGAACUCCAAUCUUCUGCGGCUCUACUCGCAACUCAACCCAAAGGUGAAGCAGCUCGCGCUGAUCAUCAAGCACUGGGCCAAGGAGCGGGGGAUCAACGACAGUCUGACCGGGACGCUUUCCUCCUACAGUUACAACCUGCUCCUGAUCCACUUCCUGCAGAAGAACAAGGUACUGCCCGUCCUGCAGUCCAGCAGGAACAUCGGCGACUCCGAAAAGGAGAAGCGCAUUAUCCGGUGCAACGCCCGACCCAACUCGAUGACCUUCAUGCUGCCCAAGCCGCGGGCUAUGGACAACGACAGUGCCAUUGUGCAGUACCUGGAUUAUGAGGAUUUCGGCAUGAAAUCCGCGGACGUCUGUGAGCAAUUUGAGCUGGACGACUCCAUGUCGCUAGCUCAAUUGCUCGAAGAGUUCUUCUUCUACUACGGUAUAAUUCAUCUCGGACAAGAUGAAUUUUGUUUCCCUGUGAUAAGUAAUCGGGCUUUGUGGGGCCGCCCUUUCUCCUGACUGAAACUUGCUUUCAUCGAUCUUUGCCUUCGAACUAUUAUUUUGCAAAAACUAUUUGAAAACAGCCUACGACUUCGACUUCUGGAUCAAUAUGGUAUCGGUUCGGGGGAAUUCCGUGAAGAAAUUGGAUUUUUAUGGCGUCAAGGAGCAGGUAGAAAACGAAGACGAGGACCAACGGCAGGACCAGGUCUGGGGACUGAUGCGCAAAAAGUGCUGGCUGUCGAUAGAGGACCCAUUUGAAAUCGAUCGAAUUCUGGGAACAAACGCAAAAGGGCAGGAGAGGCUCACGUAUAAAUCAGUUGUUUUGUUUCGAUUUACUCAUUGAUUUCGGCGUCUGCCGAGAAGCCGUUUACGUUUACUCGUCAUCUUGCUUUAGUUGCUGCGUCCGUACCUACUAAGCUUACUACUUGUAGUUGUACUAGAUCAAGAGCGACAUGGACAUCUAGGAGACAAAUUCAAAGCCUGAAAUCUUCUACACCCUACAGUUACGAGUGCCGGCGUGCGUACGAGGUGUGCCGUAGCGGGAAACUUGGGAAGCUGGCGGUUGGGAACGCGCUGCUGCGCCGCAACGCCGAGCGGGACUUCAACCAUCCGAUUCAGGCUUUGAUUUCAUACGACAAGGAAUUUUCCACGCAGCACUGGCUUGCCGAGUGCACCAUCGGCCUGUUCAGCGAGCGCAAGGACAACAACAAAAGACCUUUACGGAGGAAAGAGCGCGAGCUGUACCCGCCCAGGAAUAAGGGUGGCAAAGGGGGCAAAGGUGGAGGGGCAUCAAAGGGCGGUGACUACUACAUCAACCGCGAGCAGCACCAGCAUCCCCACGAGCGCUACGAGGACCGGAGGAUGGCCGCACUGCAACAGCACAAUUUGGACCUCAUGGGCGGCGGCAACGGCGAUCCGCGGAUGGUGAACCUGACCCCGGACCUGAUGCCCCCACAGUCCGGACCCGGAGAGAAUUACAACGACACCAACCAGCCGAGCGGGGAAGACGAGAACCUGCCGGUGGUACGCUUCAACAUCUCCGGGCGGCGCGACGGGCGCCGGCGCGACCGCGGGGCGGCGCCCAGGGAGCAGCAGCAGCAGUAUUUGAGCAGCCACGAGCAGCAGGCACAGCCCCGAUUGGACAACCACUUCCAGGACCCGCAGCAGUACCCGCCGCUGAAUCCGCAGCGCGGGGGCAGUGGGAAAGGAUCAUCCAACUUCCAUUCGAACAACCUCGACCCGCGAUCGGCGCACCACGAACAACAUGACCCCAAUCUGAUCCACAGUGCGCGAGGCGAGCGAGGUGGACCGCCGAUGCUUCCGAACAGCUAUCCGCCGCCAAUGUCCGGGACGCCGGAUUUGCUCGACCCGCGACAGCACUUUCCCUCGCGCGACGGUCCGUACAACAUGUCGGAUCCGGAGCUGAUGGAGCCACCCGGCAGCCAAAAUCCGAAUUUCAGCAACCGACGGGGGCACCAUCCGCAGAUGAUGAUGCCGGGGGGCGGCAAGGGAAGCGGAGGUCCCCCGCAGCUUGUUCCAGGCGGCGGACCAGCCCCACCACAUCAGCCCUCCGCGCCCUCCUCAGGCUCCGGAAACGGGUACCACCACACAGCGUCCGGGUCUCGGACCAAUGGGAACGGCCCGAGCUUCGACGCCGGUCCGCCGCGGCACGAUUCGUCGCCCGAAGAUUUCUUAUUCGGGGAGGAGCCCGCGGUACGCGAAAACAACCGCGGAAAUAACGGUGGUUCCAAGAACCAGUAUGUUCCGUUCCAAGAACCACCAGACCGAAGCCAAUUUCCCGGCGGACCGCCGGUGCCCUCUGGUGAGCGUAUGCUGUCUACCGUGCACCAAAUGCGCAGUGGUCAACCCGGAAGUUUUGAACCUGGGUUCGACCGCCCGCCGCCGAACCGAGGAGUACCCCCUCCGAACAUGAUGAAGGGAGCUUCGUCAAGUGGACCCCCUCCACAGUCACAUCAGCCGCAUCCAAUGUCUGUGAAAGGCGACAUGCACUUGCGCAACCACCUGAUGAAGGGAACGAAAUCGCCCCCGCCGCCCGGGGAUCCGCGCGACGGCUUCUUCCAUCCAGGGGAGAACGCGUUUUCGCCCCGCCUCGAUGAAGACGGAAACCCGGUGCAGCAAUCGCAGUUUGGCGGCGGAAGCAAAUCCUCGAAGAAGGGCCACAACUUCAGCAACGGCCCGCCGCCAAUGAUGAUGCAAAGGCCGGGCGACCAGCAUCUUCCCGGCGACCGCUUCAAUAUGGGCAACAAGGGCGAGCCUCCGAUGUUCGCCGGCAAGGGCGACUUCAAAGGCGAGCCACCACCGCCGAGCAGCUUUAUCGACGACUUCAUUCGAAAGGGCAAAGGGGAUCUUCCACCAGACAAGUUCAGCGGAAAGCCGAUAAUGAAAGGGUCGUCCAAGCCGAUGAACAAAAACUUCAUGGAACAAGGCCCGCCGAUGAACAACAACUUUCAACCAGGCGUAAGAACCGGAGGACCGAUGAUGCAGCAGUCUUCACAGCCGCCGUUCGGAGGUGCCGGCAAAGGUGGCAUGGAUCCAAACCAAAUGAUGCCACCGCCGCCGAUGCCACCCCCGAUGCUACCCGACAGCCGGGGCGUCCCCGCACCCCCGCGAGAGCACCACUUCAUGGGCGGGCACCGGCCGUUUCCGGACGGCGGAAAGGGGGGACCGCCAAUGAUACCGGCGCGCAACUUUCAAUGAAGUUGUGGAUCGAGGCGUUGAUGGAAAGUUCGCUGUACUUCUCACGGAUAUAAAGUGCGAGUAUGGACUUAUCGGAAUUGUGCCGGAAGAUGCUACUCGAAGUAGUUCGCCGCGAACAUUUGCCCGGAAAACUUGCGAAUUGGUUCACGCAAGUGGGCAGGAGUGUAGGAAAAAAAAGAAAGCAAAUGAUACAACCGACAAC